AUGUCUUGCUCCGUCUGGUGGAAGGAUAUCCUUAAGAUUAAUUCUUCUUCUACUCCUUCUCUUUCUUUAUGUGAUCCUAUUGUUGGGAGUAGCAGAUUUAUUAUUCGCAAUGGACUUAAUACCCCUUUUUGGUAUGCUAUUUGGUUGGAAGACAAACCUUUAUUCGUGGAAUUUCCGGAAUUAUUUCUUGUUUCCUGUUUAAAGAAUUUGUCGGUGGCGGCUAUUGGGGGAUGGGUGGAAGAGGUGUGGAGGUGGGGUGACUUCGGAUUACCCGGUGGUGUAGUGGAGGACCCGGAGUUAUCCGCUCAAUUAUUAUCUUUGAAGGAGCGUUUGGAGGACUUUAAAGGGUGGGCUUUAGGAAAAGAUACCGUGGUUUGGUCCGGAAAUUUGGAGAGGGAAUUCUCGGUAGCCUCUUGUUACGAUUUUUAUGAGAAGUCUAGCUUUCCGUAUGGCCCUCCCAUUAAUCAUAUGGAAGUGUUCGGAUUUUCGUGGAAGACGAACGUUCCGUCCAAAAUAAAGGCUUUUGGUUGGAGACUAUUUCAUAAUAGGCUUCCUAUGAAAGAUCUUUUGGCGACACGAGGUAUGUCUUUUCCUUUGGAAGAUUUAAAGUGUAUUUUUUGCGGUCAUUGUGAGGAAUCAAGGGAUCACUUCUUUUUUGGUUGUUUGGUGGUUAGAAAUAUUUGGAGAGAAAUAGCGUUUUGGGUGGGUAAAGGGGCUUUUUUAGAAGAAAGGUGUUUAUCAAAUUUUAUGGAUUGGCAUCGAUUCUUUGAUAGUCAAAAUGUUUUGGAUAGAAAAUUGGGUAUAGUUUGGUUAGCUUCAACUUGGUGUCUUUGGUUGGUUAGAAACGGCGUGUGCUUUCGCAAAGAGGCGUGGAAUGUGAAUAACAUCGUUUGGAAUAUCAAGACUUUAGUUUGGAGGUGGUCUUUUUGUGAAAAAUUACACACCCCAAUUACUCUUAUUAUGAGUUUUGUAUGGAUCCGUUGUAUUUUCUCUCGUAAUGUAAUUGGUUGGUAA